UACAAACAAAUAUCGAGGUUCAUCGAGGUUUCAGGUUAAGUUUCGCGAAAAACUUUUAAAUAAGUAUUAUUUUGGUGCACCAUGUCGCUGUGGCAAUUUUUGGAGUCAUCUCAACCACUUCUUAAACGAUGUAUGGAACUAGCAACUGUUGAAAGCAAUAACAAAUGGAUUCAGAAGUUUGGUAACAAAUCCGAACAUUUUGGGAAAGAUGAAGUUUCGGAUACGAAUACAGUAAAUCAUCAAAAUGAUAUUAAUGAUGAAGCUAUACCAAUUACAAAUGAUCCAAUAGAAGCUAUGGAUAUCGAUGAAAAACCUAUUUUCAAUCCAGUACGAGUGAAGUUGGAAAGAGACGAUAUUUCCCGCGAAAUUUUAGAUUUGGAACCUAUCACACACUUCGACUACAUCCUAGAAAAGUGUUUAGAAAAUCCAAAUUUAUAUCAAAUUUUAGCAGAAGAAUUACCUCUUAAUUCGAUAGAAAAACUAUUCAAACACAUUUACGAUACGAAAAACGUUAAUUCGACGUUUUUAGAGAACUUUUACACUAUUUUUUUCCCGGCAUUUUUGAAAAGAGAACCUACUCGUUUGUCUUUGGAUUUACUCAUUAAGGGGAAGUGCUAUCCAUUGUUUCAUAAACAUUUACUUCUAAUAAUUUUUAAAGAUACUGAAUUACCAAGUAAUAUUUUACAUGAUUUUGUAUCGACUUUAAACAUGAAUGAGCAAACUGAAUUCUUGAUAACUUUAAGCCACUCUGAUGUUCCAAAAGAAGCAUUUCUUUAUCAUUUAGUAACAAUUCAUACAGCUUAUAAGAACAGUCUAAAAAAUAACGAAUUACAGAAUUAUAUUUUAGCAAAGUUGGGUCAUAUAUCAGAAAAUUGUGCAACAGAUAAGAAUUAUGGUCGUUUUUUACUCAACUUUUUACAGUCGCAUAAGGAUUAUAGAACAAAUAUUACAGAAAUAGAAAGUAUAGUUGAAACACACAGAUCAGCGUUUAAGAAACCCUGUUUGAAUAUAUUGAAUGAGAUCAAACAUGUAUCUAAGGAUAAAUAAAAUUAGAAAGGUCGUCAAGUGCGAGUCAGACCUCGAGUUAGUGCUAUGUUAGGGUUAGUCGUUCGGGAGUUAUGAGCGUAACUACAUACAUUGCGGCGAUUUAUUUUUAACUAUUGUGUUUGUUACCUACGCGUUCGCGCAUGACAUCUUUUAGAAUGUACAAUUGUUGUUUGCACUUUCG